UCUGGUGUGGUUGCAUCAUGAAAGUGUGCACCCUCUUGUGCAUGAAAUAAAGUAUAUGCCCAGCAUAUAUUAUACGGGCUUAUAAUUAUUUUAUUUUUAAUGAUAAGGAUCGGGAUUCAACCCCGUCCAUUGUCCUGCAAUUUCGUCGGCUGAUUACUAUGACACACGUGCGUGAUACGAGCAAAAUCGGAGCAUCCUGUUGAUCCAUUGUAUCCAGAACCAGUAGCGACUAAAACUUCGGGCCUGCUGUACAUAAAAGAGGACACUGUCGAGCAUUCUUUUGUUUUGACUGAAUUGCCUGUGUUUAAGGAUAUCUUCGACCAUGGAUUACCGAUUAACAAUCUUGGUGUGCAUUGUCUUCUUCGCUCUCGUGUCGGCCUCGCCCGUCCGAGAGAAGCGCGACAUCAUGGAGUCGAUGAAAGGCGCUUGGAACGACAUGGUGAAGACGCUGAGCGACGCUAGCGACGCCGUCGUGCACGUCUUCAAGCCCACCGAACGCAGCAUUGUCAACAAAAUGGCCGACGGGAUGAAAGAUCUUACCAACUGACGACUUUCUAUAUGCUUAAGUUAAAAGGUUUUUUACAUGUUAAUUUAAAACGCAAAAGUAUCUUGUAAUUUUGUCGCCACAUUUAUAAAAUGUCUAUUGUUUUUGAAAACGAGAUUUCCACUUGCUUGAAAUUUUAUCGAGAGCCGAUUUUAGUGCUCAAUAUUUUUCUUCACUUUAACUGUAGGUUUAUAAUAUUCAGUUAAAUGUAUUUAUUUUUUAUAAAUGAUAAACAGUUUUUUUACGCU